AUGGCCCUCUUGUCAAGCCAGGAGUACGUUCUCAUUGCGGAAGCCAUGGGCCGCCACCCCUUUGAUACUGUGAGCACUCUCCACAGGGAAGGUGAGGGAGGUGAUUGGGAUAGUCCUUUCCAAGACACUGAUAUUGCUCAAAAGACUACAGAUAUUCUCCAAACCAAGUUCAUUCCCCGGCUCCAAGAAGAUGUUGCCAUUUGGAAGGCCACCUCAGAUGGUCCUUUCUCCCUCAGAACUGCAUGGGAGGCAAUAAGACAAUCGGGGAUUAAGGUUGCUUGGCACAAUCUCAUCUGGUUCCCUAAUGCCCAGCCUCAAUUCUCUUUUAUUGCUUGGCUCGCUCCCCGUCAACGGCUCCCCACCCUUACUCGACUGGCAAUUUGGAGGGACAUUCAGGAUACUACCUGCUGCCUUUGA